GUUAUCCUUUUCACAUUCUUCUUAUGGUAAAACAGGCUGUUAUUCCUUUUUUUUAGCCGUGAUGUCAGGACGCGGAAAGCAGGGAGGCAAAGCUCGCGCGAAGGCCAAGUCGCGCUCGUCCCGCGCCGGCCUGCAGUUCCCGGUGGGCCGGGUGCAUCGUCUGCUGCGCAAAGGCAACUACGCCGAGCGGGUGGGGGCCGGCGCGCCCGUCUACAUGGCGGCGGUGCUGGAGUACCUGACCGCGGAGAUCCUGGAGCUGGCGGGGAACGCCGCCCGAGACAACAAGAAGACGCGCAUCAUCCCUCGCCAUUUGCAACUCGCCGUGAGAAAUGACGAAGAGCUCAACAAGUUACUUGGGGGUGUUACCAUUGCCCAGGGCGGUGUCUUGCCCAAUAUCCAGGCUGUCUUGUUACCCAAGAAAACGGAGGGUCAUAAGCCUGGCAAGAACAAGUAACUAAGGCUUGACACCAUCAGUCAGUCCCACUCACCCCAAAGGCUCUUUUAAGAG